AUUAACCUUUCCACAACACCUAAACGCGUGAUAGGAGCCGCCACCUCACCCUGCGCCACCACAUCUUAGAGUCGGUUGACAUGGAAGACCAGUCCCGAGUCGCCUCGCUGCCGUCGUCUCCACCACGCGCAGCGACCCAUGCCACCGGCAACUGCCUCUAUAUUUUGCCGGUACUCGACCUCUUACCUCAUCACUUUGAGGGUGGCGCAAUGGAGCUCCCACGAGUACUGCUCACUUCCCAGUACGUACGCAUCCUUCUCCUCCUUUUUCUACACUCCCUUUUUUGCCUGUGUCACUCUGCUACCGUAGACCAACCUUCGGGAAGCGAAACCGAUCGGGCCGCCCUGCUCGCCGUCAGGGCAGCCAUCACCGAAGACCCUCGCGGCAUCAUGAAUUCGUGGAACAAUACUGUCCACUUCUGCCAAUGGCCGGGCGUCGCAUGCGACGAUCCCGACCACCGUGAGAGGGUCACCACCUUGGCCUUGGAAUCCAAGAGCCUCCGGGGGGUCAUCUCCCCUUCCAUCGGAAACCUUACCUACCUUGGCUACCUGCUACUCUCAAGCAAUUGCUUUUAUGGUGAGAUACCCCCGGAGAUCAGUCGUUUGGCCCAGCUCAAGGACCUCAAUCUGAGCUACAACGCCUUGAACGGCACCAUUCCUGUUAGUCUUGGCCUCUGCACCAACCUCCUAGGCAUCGACUUCACUGGCAAUCUCAUCCCUGGAAACAUUCCCACACAGCUCGGUUCUCUUCUUAAGCUUCUUGUGUUGAACCUCGGGCUUAACAAGCUCGUCGGCGACAUCACGCCUUUCCUGGGAAAUCUUUCGUCCCUCCAACAACUUGAUCUGUCGAGCAACAAGCUCACUGGAGAGAUACCAUCUUCCUUGGGAAAACUUUCCAAUCUCACCUAUCUUGAUCUCUCAGCCAACAAGCUGGUCGGUGGCGUACCUCCUUCACUUGGGAAACUCUCUUCCCUCCGCAUUCUCAGUCUCGCAAGCAAUGCCCUCAGUGGAGCCAUCCCACCGGAUUUGGCAGACCUCUUGACCCUUGAGUUUCUGGAUCUAUCAAACAACAGCCUUUCUGGAGAGAUUCCUCCAUCGUUGGGUAGAGUCGUUCCUCUCCAGUACCUCCUUCUCUACAACAACACUCUCACAGGAAGCUUGCCGAAUUCCUUGGGGAACCUAGCAUCUCUAAUUUACCUCUAUCUCUCGUCAAAUAGUCUCAGUGGGACGAUCCCUCCCUCCAUCACAAACCUGUCAUCUCUUCAAGUUCUGGCUUUGUCAUCCAACAAACUCGGAGGGAGGCUGCCGGAGGAAAUAGGCCGUCUCACGCGCCUUGAGUUCUUCCUGGUGUCUGAGAAUGGAUUCUCUGGGAGCGUUCCUUUAUCACUCUACAACAUAUCUUCUUUGCAAACGCUGAGCAUGGCGUAUAACCAGCUGUCAGGGACACUCCCACUAGAUAUAGGCGAUACUCUACCCGAUCUUAGCUUUCUCGUCAUGGCCAGCAACCGGCUCGAGGGACAAAUUCCAUGGUCAUUGGCUAACGCUACGUCGCUUCGACAAAUCGACCUCGGCCGCAACAAUUUCUGA